AUGUCUUCAGGACUCGGCAAUUUCAUGAAAAAUGGGUGGCAUCCUGAGAAAGAGGGAACUACGCUCAAGGGCCAAGUGAAUGGACUUUUGGGCAGGAACAAGGAGAAGGACCGAGCAGACCACGUCGCCAGACCACUAUCGUCUCUACAAGAUCCCUCUUCCUUUGCACCGCCGCCGAGGAGAGAUCCACGCCAACCUAUCCCGCCGCCGCCUCCACGAUCGACUGCAACGUCGCCUGGUGUACCGCCUCCGCCUUACGAGGACAAUCGCUACGCCCAGCAACAAGAGGAAGAGGAGGCGCCUCCGCCACAACCAUUCCGGGUCAACACGACGGGCUUGUCGACUUCUCACCUGCCCCCGCCGCCGGGACGGAAAGAUGGCGCCGACGGAAGGACCCCUGGCCAGACGGCAACACGGCCGCCGCCGAGCCUGCCCCCGAGACUCCCACCCCGAACACCAUCCUCAACCUCGGUAGCUACCGCGCCAGCAUCACCUGCACCUCCUCCGACAUCCAGCGGCGGAGGAUACCUCAACCAAAAUGCACUUAACCGGCUUGGAUCCGCUGGGCUAUCGGUACCUGCCCUAGGCAUUGGAAGGCCGGCCCCCCCCGAUCCCCCGUCCCGCUCCAACAACAGCAGUCCUGCACCGCCCCCGCGAUCAGGGGCUUUCUCGCCGCCUAGCACCGGCCAGAUGAACGAGCUGCAAAACCGCUUUGCGAAGCUAGGCAAGAGCUCAGGGCAAUCAGCCAGCCCGCCGCCAACGGAAGGGACUACAAUGGAACAAAAGCAGGCAGCUCUCCGUACGGCAUCCAACUUCCACAAGGACCCGAAAUCAGUGUCAAUGGCAGAUGCUCGCUCUGCGGCGUCCACGUUCAACAACUUCCGUCAACGACAUGGGGAGCAGGUCGCUGCCGGCGUCAAGAGUGCAAACAAUCUGAAUCAGAAGUACGGCAUUGCCGACAAGGUUGGAAAGUAUGCCGGGCAGGCCAGCGGGCAGCAGCAGCAGCAGGCGGGUAAUUCGAGUACCGCGUCUACGCCAUUGUCCCCGCCGCCCGGACUCGUGAACGCUCUAGGGAAGAAGAAGCCGCCUCCGCCUCCGCCGCCGAAGAAGAAGCCUCAGAUCGGCGGGGCGCCUCAGCCGACGCCGCCCGGCGAUGAUGAGCCCCCUCCGAUUCCCUUGGCAACCAAGCCGACGUUCUAG